AUGGUUAAAUUUGGUCGUACAAAUCAUUUAAGUCAUCCAUUAUGUGAAACAUUACUUCGUCAAAAAUGGAUUUCAUAUGGUUUUCCAAUUUAUAUUCUUGAUUUAAGUUUUUAUCUUCUUUUUCUUUUUCUUCUUUCGUAUUUUGUCCUAACAUUUCCAUCAUGUAAUCAUCAUGAUCCAAUAAAUUGGAAUAGUUCGACACAUUUAUGUUCAAAAAAUAAUUUUAUAUUUCAAAAUAGUGCAACAACAUUUCAAAUAAUUAGUAUAUGGUUUAUUGUUUUUUAUUGUUUUUCAAAUUUUAUUAUGGAAAUUAUUCAAUUAGUACAUGAUGGUUUUGAAUAUUUUAAUGAUAUUGAAAAUUAUAUACAAUGGAUAUUAUAUGUUACAACAAGUAUAUUUACUUUACCAUUUUUAUUUGAUCAAUCAUGGCAUUAUCAAUGGGUAGCUGGUUCGAUUAGUAUAUUUACUGCUUAUUUAGCACUUUUAUUUCUUCUUGGUCGAUUUUUUAUCUAUGGUAUAUAUGUUAUCAUGUUUUUAGAAAUAAUGAAAACAUUAUUACAUGUUUUAUCUUUAUUUUCAAUAUUAAUAUUUGGUUUUGCUUUAACAUUUUGUGUAACAAAACCAUUUUCUCAGGAUCUUAAUGUAUCAAAUCCACAUCAUUUAUUUAUGAUUGUACUUAAAACAAUAACAAUGAUGUUAGGUGAACUUGAUUAUGAACGUUCAUAUUUAGAAAAUAUAGAUGAGCGACAUUUUAAUAUAACUAAUUUAAUAAUAUUACUUGUAUUUGCAAUUAUAAUGCCAAUUCUCCUAAUGAAUUUACUUGUUGGUUUAGCUAUUGGUGAUUUAAUGCAAAUUCAACAAAAUGCUCGUUUAAAACGUCUUGCUACACAAGUUCAACUUCAUACAAAUCUUGAAAAGAAAUUACCAAAUAAAUUACUUCAACGUUGGACAAAAAAUGAAUAUAUUAUUUAUAUUAAUAAAGGUAUUUGUAAUCGUUUUUCAACAUCAUUUAAAGAAUGGAUUGCUAAACCUCUCGAUGUAAAUAAUGUGUUAGAUACAUAUGAAGAAAAUGGUACUGAAAGAGUUUUAUUUCUAGAAUUAUAUAAACAAAAACGAAGACAAAAAGAUACGCAACGUCAAUUAGAAAAGAUUACUGAUCUUGUUCGAUUAGUUCUUCAAAAAAUGGAAAUUCAUACUGAAACGGAAAGUGAUGAUACAACAUCACAUAAUAAAAAUGAAAAUUUUUUGAGAAUGCAAAAAUUUCGACAAGUAUUUAAUGUAACACGUCGAUUUUCUCGUCUACAUUCGACAAAUGGAAGUGUUCCACAUUUAUUUACACAUUCUGAAGAAGCCUAA